AUGUUCCACCAGUCGUUGAUGAUAGACCCAGAUAAUUCGUUCCUCGACUUUCCGUUUGCCACUGACCCGGUGCCUGACCCAGAAUUUCCGUUUGCCGCCAAUAACAUGGACCCGUACCUCUCUCCUGCAGCGGUAGCGGCAGCAGUGUCCACUUCGGCACCUGCGAUGCAGUCACCGGCGCCUCUUUCUGCACCUUAUGGCGCAUUAGGGGCGUACGGACUGGUUCCCGACGUAUCGACGCUGUCGUUGCCGAUGGGGUUCGAGGCGCCAAUGACGCCAUACUAUUCGUCGUCGUCGCUGGUGAUGGACCCCAUGAGUUUUUCGAAACCAAGUCAAAAUCAAAAUAAUACCAGUCAAAACAAUCAGCCUAACCAAAACAAUCAGAACCAGAACAUCGAAGACCACCAAAACCUUAAUACGAACGGUCAGAAUCAGAACCUCCAAAACCACAACCAAAACCAAAACCUGUCCCAGCCGUCCCAAUCGCAUUCAAACUUGCAUCAACCCUUGCAUCAACCCAUGCAUCAGAACCCGCUUCUGCAUCAUCUUCUGCUUCCGCAUUUGAACGAGGCAAACCACAUAAACCAGCCCAUCCAGCACUUGCAUCACCAGCUCCCUAAUCACAGCUCCGACUUUAUGGAGUACCCCAUUUACCCCGGCCAGCUCCUGUUCAACUCCAGCGCAUCGCUGACGGAAAUAGGCGACUUGAAAGAGCCGGUUUUCGGCUCCGGAGUUCCCCGACCAGCACCGCUGUUUCCCGUCAAAGAAGAACCAAAACAGCCCAUGUUGGGCACAGAUUACGACCCCAAUGCCUACUUUCAAAAAUUGCUGGAUGCCAUGCAAAAAUCCAAAACUUCAAUUGAACCCAAAAAAUCGUCGAAAAAACGAUAUCGAGUUCUUCGUGGAGUUUCGGCCGGUGGAUCUUCCAGUAAACCGCCCAAGGAAAACCAAUAUAGUUCUGCCGAGUUUGUACCUGUUCAAUUGCAUUUGGAUGGCGCCGAGUUGCCCGAUAUAUGUUUUCCAAUGUGGGGUGCUGGAGAGUUGGAAGAUGGCCGUCGAAUUGUCCGAAUAGAGAGGACUCAAGAAGGUCCCAAUUUGCAUGCAAAAUUUUCCAUUGUGGGAUGUGCCAACGAGAACCCGGUCCCUCUUCCAGGAGGACCCGAUACCGACGUUAUUGAGGUGCUGUGCUUGCAAUGUGAGGUGAUGGAAAAUAAUGACGAAGAAGAUACUAAUGGCUCUGACGAUACUCAACUGCCACUUCUGUCGCUGUCCAUAUAUUCGGGCUAUGGGGGCAGGUACCACACCGGCUACGAGUACUACAUUACAUCGGUGGAAGUGGUGGGAAUUGUGGAGUUACUUAUUGGGACUCAGUUGGCGGAACCACAAGAAAGAAGAAAAGAACGAGGAAGAAUCCGGUCUAAUUUGGUACCGUUUUGGCUGAAAAAACCAGUUAGUCUGAGAAUACAAGAGGGAAGAAACUCGGGACACACUAAUAAUAAGGACCUUCGAUAUGAAUUGGCCAAGAGAAUCAUGUCUUAUGACAUUCGUCGGCCGCGCGGAUUUGAUAAAGAAGUUCGAAUUUUGAGGUGGGAUAAAUUAAUUCCAGCGCUUAAACGGGCACUUCAAAGCUACUACGUUGAACUCACCGGUGCUGACAAAAUUGACACUGAAAGUAAUUGA